GGCUUUUGGUUUUGGGAUUUCAAGCACUUUCAACUUUUAUUGUUUCAAAUGACAAAGUCAUGCAAAUGCACAAAUUUGCCGCUCAAAGGGGCAAAUCGAACUGCCGAAACGGAAUCGAAUUUCGAGGCGCUGGCAUUUGACGAAUUUGGCAUGUUAUUCAAUGCCGUCUGUCGUGGAAAGGCAACUGAUUUCAGCUGUAAUCGCUUUCAAUUGAUUUCAAUUGAGCGGCGGUUGGGUGGGGUGGCUUGGACAAAUGUUUUCAUAGUAUAUCAGCAACUGAUGGCAUUUGUCGCCGUUCGAUUUGUCAUUCACAGAGCUCCCGUGGCCGUGGUCAAAGCGGAAAAUGUGCUAGACUGAAUCGAACAGAGCUGCGCAGAAAUGGUUAACCAGGCAUCCACAAUUCAGGCUCUCGGCGGUCAUUCGCCCAUGCCCAGCCCCCAGACAGGCAGACACUGCUCACAGAACCGCCCAAAGGAUGAAAGUGCUGCCCCAGCUGAUCCCGGCAGCGACAUCAUUACCGAUGUGGUUGGCAACUUCGGCAUCUGGCAGCUGCGCACCAUCCUCAUCAUCUUCCUGUGCAAAAUACCUGCCGCCUGGUUCAUGGCCUGCAUCAUCUUCACCGCGCCGCAGCUGUAUCCUCGCACGGAAUACAUUUGCGACACCAGCUACCUGAACAGCAGCUCCAGCUCCAAUUACAACGUCUCUGAUGACCAAUGCUAUGUGCUGGAUGAGAGCUCAGGCAGUCGCAGCGAAUGCGCACAGUUUAAUUACGUAUCGAGCUUUGACUCCCUGAUUAUGCAAUUCAAUCUGGUCUGCUUGCGAGAUAUUUUCAUUGCCUGGACUCAGUAUUGGCAUCUGUUUGGCGUGCUCAUUGGCGGCAUCACGGCCACCAAGAUGAUGCUGGCCAUCAGUCCGCGGAGCACCUACUGCGUGGGUGCCAUAGCUCAAAUCGUGUGUGGAGUCAUCACCGGCUACGCAACGGACUUUAGCUUGCACUGCGCAUUCCGCUGCCUCUCGGCAGUGUGCUGUGCCAUUAUGUUUACCGCCGGACAAACCAUAUUCGCGGACAUUACUGCUGGAAUGCAUCGCAUAGGCGCCAUCAUACUCUACGACACGUUCUGGUCCAUUGGUGUCAUCAUGCUGCCCACGUUGGCAUCUUUCUUCAACAGCUGGUCCCUCAUAUAUGUGGGCAUAACAUUUCCCACCAUAAUGUUGAUUGUGCUGCUGUACUGGACACCCGAUUCGCCACGCUGGCUGCUGCGACACGCGGCUGAUAGCCACGCAAUCGAUAAUGUGGAGCAGAUAGUGCGUCAGGGCGUGGAUAUAAACGAUCGUUGCUAUAAAAUACCGCCAAAUUUCCGUCAGCAGCUGGAGGAACUCAGUGAAAAGCUGAAAACAGCUCCCCACGCACACUGGCCACAGCUCUGGCACGGCAAGCGGGCCAAGACGCACAUGGUCGCUGCCCACCUGUCCUUGGCAUUCUACGUGAUCAAUUUCAUGGGCAUGCUGUUGAAUAUAAGAUCCUUUGGUCGCGACUAUCUGGUGCCCAACACCAUAGCCAUGGGCUUCUCCGAGAUCAUUGGCUGCUUCUUGGCCCUGCACUUUACGCUGAAGCACAACAAAUGGAAAUGGCAAUACGCUGGCACCUUCAAUAUACUCGCUGGCAUGCUGGGCUGCAUGGGAUGGCUGUUCACGGGCGCCGACUCCAUGGAUGCUGCGCUGAAGGUGUCGCUAUGGAUGAUCAUUGCGACGAUACCCAAAGCAGCUGUGUCCUGUGCCCAGUCCAUGCUCCUGGCCUGCAUGAACGAGCUGGUGCCGCCGCACCAGAAACAGCUCUUUGUCUUCUCGGUAGUCACCUGGGCACGGGUCUGGCUGCUUUCCGCACCGUUCUUCAAUGUACUUAAACGGAUUGAUACGGCCCUGUCGCUGACCUCCUACAGCGUCUUCAGUAUUCUGGGCGGCAUCUGCACCUGCCUGCUGCUCACGCCUCGCUUCAGUACAGUGCCUGUGGUGCCGCAGCUGGAGUCAGAGCAGCAGCAGGACAGGAAGUCGCAGUCGCCCUUAAAUGCGGCCAUUUGGACCAUCGAAUCGGAUGUGCACAAUACGCGCUUAUGAAGCUCCAACUCAGAGCAACAACU